AAAAGUGCAAAAAAGAAAUCUGCUAGACCGCGAAGGGAGAAAGACAGCAGCAAAUUACCAAACGACACACAAGAUUCUCAGUCUAAACCCAAAAGAAAAGUUAAAAAGGCAAAGAUUAGACAGAAACAUGAGCAUGAAUGUCACAGCUCAGAGGAAGGCAAGGAAAACAAGAAACCAACAGGAAAACAUGUGAAAGUCAGGUCACACUCGCCCCGUGUUUCAGAGACUGUUUCCGUUUCGGAUGAAGGAGAGCAGGGUGUGCCUGUGAGGAAGAGUGGUGCAUGUACUGAUCUAACAAGGUCUCCGAUAAAACGGGGUGAGAGGGGGAAACUCAGAAAAAAAACUAAAAACCUAGUCAGCACUGCCGAGUCACCUGGUGCAGAUUUACCGGAAAUUAAAAUACUGAGAAAGGGACAUGACAUUCGUCUGUCAAGUGCACGAUCAUCUUCAGAAAGCCCAGAAUAUUUUGGAGAAUAUGUAACAGAAUCUACAAGAAUACAUAGUGAUGCCAGUCUUGAUUGUGUUUUAGACUCGGCUGAUGUAUCGGCCAUUUCAUUCCAUCGUAAUGACAGUUUAUCUGGUAGUACAUGUGUAGAUAGCUUUCAGUAUAACUCGAAUGAAGACUCGUACAAACAGUUAAAUAUAAAAGGUCAAAGGUCAAGGCUAAAUGAUGUCGGUUCCAACAGCUCCGACGCUUCAUCUACCGAUAGCAACGUGUGUUCGAAUUUUCAGGCACUGAGAAUAGAUAAUUCAAAACACUUUGAUGGUAAGGGAAAUAACUCGUCAAAAACUGUUGACAACUCGGACCUCUACACAACUGCCAUAGAUCCAUGUAUUGUUGAAGAUAGUUUGGAAGUGAAUCAGUCUCCGUGUAAGUCUGAGAAAGAUGCUAUAGAAACCUCCUCCGGCUCUAGUUACGAAGUAGAAGAUGUGUCGGUACAAGUGCAUUCAGAGUCGGAGGUUUUCAAUUAUAAGAAAACUAGCGGGUGUACGUCAAAGGAAACAACGGCAAAUUGUGGUCUCAAACCUUCCCACACAAGCUCAGGAAGUGGAUCGUCGUAUGAGGUGGAAGAUGUAUCUGUACAGGCCGAUUCUGUUGUCGAAGAGUCUCGCGUCCUCCGUGGUACAUCUCCACGGACUACAACAAAGAAAGAUAAACAUUUAAAAUCAGGGUCCUCUUCUUCUGAGAAACAUGAAGAUGAUUCGUUUGUGGAGGUAGAAGAUGUAUCAAUGCAGACCAGUUUUCAAAUCCCUCCCGGUACAUCUUCAAGAAUUUCGACAUGGAAACUUACACUUUUGGAAUCAGGGUCAUCUUCUUCUGAAAAAAAAGACGAUGAUUCGUUUGUGGAGGUAGAAGAUGUAUCCAUGCAGACUAGUUUUCAAAUCCCUACUGAUCCCCACCCAACUGGUAAAACAGAGGAUUCGUGCAGUGCCGCUGAUUCGAAGUCCAAGUCUUUUUGUGAUGAACUUGAAGACAUUUCAACACACAAAUGUGAGCAAGUGGAGAGUAAAGAGGAUGAUUACCAGUCCGGUCUUGAGGAUUUAAACAAUAUCAGUCUCCCUGACCUUGACUUCGGCUUGCAGCCACAGAUCACUUUCACGAAAAGGGACCCCAGCAUAUAUUUUGAUGCGAAAGAUUUGUCGAAGCAGCCAACAAAGCUAAAUAAAAGAGACCCAAGUGUGUAUUUUGAUGCUAAACAGUCCCUUCUUAGUAGUUCACAGUCAUCAAACUCCAGUUGUGAACAAACUAAUAGCCCAAAAGACUCCAUUAAACACAGACCUAAGGGAGAUAACUACAUCGUAGACAACCAAGAAAUACCACCAGGCUUUGUUUCUAUCAGUGACACUGAUUCUGAGGAUGAUUAUCCAGCAGAGAAAACACCAAAAAUUACCAAAACGAAAAAACAUCAAACGAAAAAUUUCUCAUCGGAUUCUGAGGAUGAUUUGGUGUGUAAUUCAAAUCUUAAAAACAAAAGAAUAAAAUCCCAAAGGAAGUAUUCCUCAUCCUGCGACUUCUCUAAAGAGCCUGAUGUCAAGUCAAUCUCAAGAAAAACCGGUGGCCGUAAACACUUGCAUAACCCCAGAACUACUAAUGCUGGAAUAACAGGAAAGAGUACUAGCAGACAGAAGGUCAAAUAUUCUACAGACGAGUCUGACAACUCACUUCCGGACUUGGACAGUGGAAACAAGGUUUCACAACAGUUAUCAGACAAACACUGGAGAACCAAACAGACCAUUGAAGUGGAUUCCUCAAGUGAUGAAGAUACUCUAGAAACCUUUUUUCAGAAAAUGAGGGGGUCCAAGAAAAAGCUGAGUAGUGAAGAGGAGGAAGAAAGUGAUAAAAUGAGCAUGAAGGGGUUCAUCGUGGCGGACUCGGAAGUCAGUGAGGACGAGGAUGAUCUGUUCUAUAUGAGUACAUCCUACAAGUCCUCAUUUCACAGUACAGACGACCCAAAGAAAAUUUUACCAAUAGUUUUCCGCUGCAGCAGUUCAGAAGACGAAGAUUUCAAAACUCCCAACGUGAGUGCCAAAAGCAGCACGGAUCAUGGAUUUAAAACGCCUUUAAGCACAAAGAAAAAGAAGCCGCAGAAGCUGCCAACACCCGGGACAGAUAACUGGGGUCUGAAGGAAGACAAUUGUUUGUACCCUUCAAAUACCAAGUACAGCUUCCUCAAGUCCCUCACAGAGAACCUACCUGUGGACAAGUGUGACCCAGAGGCUAUCAGACUCGUCAAAACCUUUAAGAAAACCAAGCAAGAGCUGACCAAACGCCUUUUUAAAAUCUACAAUGAAACAGUGUUUGAAAAUAAGUUACCUGACGAUCUGGAGGUGAUCUGGAACUGUCGCCUGUUGAGGACAGCUGGCUACUGUGUGUACAAGAAGGUGGCAACUUCAGGAGGUGUUCGCAGCGUCCGCAUUGAACUUUCCACCAAAGUCUGUGACUCUGCAGAGCGUGUACGAGACACACUGAUACACGAGAUGUGUCACGCUGCAGUUUGGUUAGUGAAUGGGACGACGGAUGGCCAUGGACCAUACUGGAGGUAUUGGGCCAAAAAGUCCAAUCAGACUCACCCUGAAAUUCCUGUGAUUGGUCGGUGCCAUAGUUACAGCAUUAACACCAAGUUUACCUACCAGUGCAGUCAGUGUGGAUACAGGAUUGGUCGCCAUUCCAAGUCUCUGGAUAUGGACAGAAAGGUUUGUGGAUACUGUCGUGGCCGCUUCACAUUGCUUAGCAACACUGGACGGGGUGGCUCUACACCAGUUUCGGGCUCGUCUACACCUCGGACCCCCAACAAGUUUGCUUUGUUUGUUAAGGACAACUACGGAGACAUCAAGAAACGAGAACAGUCUCUAAAACACAAAGACAUUAUGAAGAUUCUCAGUCAAGAAUUUGCAAAAAACAAAAUCUCAGGUUGAACUUAAAUUUCAUGAACUUUUGCAAUUGUUUUGUGAAAAAUCAAAGUUUCAAGUUGUUUUUAAUUCUAAUAUGUGUCUCAAUCAUAAAUGUUAUUCUAAUAUCAACAGGUUAACAUGUGAAAUGUGACGUUAGUUAACAUUCGACCAAUGCUAGGAGGCUGAAUCGUGUUUUGAUGUUAAACGUCACAAUAUACCUGGUAUCUACCAGAAAACUUUUAAAUAUGUUUACAAAAGUAUGGAUAUGUAACUCACCAUGGAUCACCAAAACUCAAAGCUCAUGAAAAUAUACUACAAUAAAAUGUUAUACAACCAUGCUUAU